AGGUUUUCCUUGGUUGAAGGAAAACUCAUUACAGACUCAUUGAGUCUGUAAUCUGUGAUCAGCUGUAAUCUUGUUUAGUCUAUUUAAUUUGUGAUCUUGUUUUGAAAUGUUUUUCUUAUUUAUAACGCGAAAAUUUCAUAUUUUUUUUCAAAUAAUUCAGAGUAUAGGAAGGGAUGUAAUAUUAUAUUUAAAAAAUUAGAUCCUAAAAAAUGCAUUUAUCUGAUGUUAGGAAUUUAGUUAGCGGUUUGGCUGUUACAACCACAAUAUUACAAUUUUUGUCUGGCACGCUUGUUUGUAAACAAUAUGUAAAAAAUCAAACAACAGCUGAAUCAUCACCACUGCCAUUUCUGUGUGGUGCAUUGUCAUCUGCAUUGUGGCUACUUUAUGGCUUGACAAAACAUGAUGACAAAAUAGUAUUAGUUAAUACUAUUGGUGUUUCAUUGAUGGUAUCAUACACAGUUGUGUUUUAUAUAUAUACCUUUAAAAAGUCCUCUCUACUUAAACAAAUAUUUGUGACAGUGUCAUUAAUAAUUUUCUUUAUUGGUUAUGUGUCUAUUGAGGAAGACAAUGAACUGCUUUUAGGUCGUUUAGGUCUGAUAGCAUGCUCUCUUACUUUAAUUACCAUUGCUGCACCAAUGAGUAAGCUUGUAUAUGUAAUAAAGAUGAAGAAUACUGAAUGUCUACCAUUUCCAAUGAUUGUGAUGUCGUUUUUCGUGUCUGCUUUAUGGUUUUUAUAUGGACUGAUAGAGGAGGAUACCUAUUUAAUCUUGCCAAAUUUUAUCGGUGCAAUGUUGGCUGCCUGUCAAUUGUCACUGUUUCUGAUGUAUCCCCGCAUGCCGCAGUCUCCAAGUUUGACUAAGAGUAUUCUAGCAUAAAGUGUGAUAUUUUAUAUGAUAGGGUACUUAUAAGAACUUAGUUCCUAUUGAUAGAAAUUGUUGCAUUUCACUCUUGUCAUUAUUUUAGUUAAUUUAUUUAACAUAUUUUAAAUGUGAAUAGGUACAGUUACAUGUAAUAGUUAUCUAAACAUUUUACUACUUUAAUUUUUAUAAUUAUUAGUUACUCAAUAUUACCAUGGAAACAUUAAUUAAAAAAUACUAGUUUUUUUAUAAUAAUGCAAUUGGGGUUUGAAAAAAACGUGUCGAUUGCAAGAAUCAUCAAAAUGUAUACAGAGUUUUUAAUUUGGUACAAUAAAGUACUUACAUGUUCAUGAUUUUUUUAACGUAUUCUGUAAUUCUUUCGCGAUGAAGUAACAAAAAGACACACAUAAAAGUUUUAACUUUCGUAGCUAAUUUGCGCGAGAAAUGAAAUAAACUUAUUGAUUUUUUUAAUUAUAUGAUAUUAUUGUAGUACAAGUGUUUUUCAUGUGACUUAGUUUGUACCUAGUAUAAGGUUGUAAUAUAAUUUUAUCGAAUAUGACAAUUUAAUUAUGACCAAUUAAAUUUAUUUGUGUUUAAAUCGAAUCGAAUAUUACUGAGUUUUCUCUAGAUGAGUCAAGCAGGGUAUGGUAUUUAUAUUUUGAGCUUAUCAUUGUUAAAGUGAAUAAAAUCUUCACAUGAAAGGGUUUGGCGCGAUGAUAGAUAAUAUAUUUUUUAAUAAAGUUUUAUGUGACAUUUUGGGAUCUGUCAGUAGUUUACCUAAAGAAGUACUUUUGCAAAUAAAAUGUCCCAAACACUAUAUUUAUGGCAUCUCACGUUUUUAUAAUUAUCUAUUUGUAAAAAUGGAAUUGAUUGUACAAAAUCAUAUUAUAAGUUAGCUAUGUACAAAUUCUAAUGUCAGUAUUUAGGUGUAUCAAAAUCUUGAAUUGUUAAUAAUACUAUUUUUGCAAUGUUAUGUAUUAUUUGAAGUCAAUUGUUGUAUAAGUAUUUUAAAAAGUAUUGUUAAUUUAAUCUUUAAGUAUAUUAUAAAAUGGUUACGCUUAUUUAAAAUAAGUCAUAACUAAUAUAUUUAGACGAAUAUUGUCUAUGAUUAAUUUGAUAUUAAAUAUAUUUUAUUUUUUCGUUCUAAUUCUUUAAUAAUAUUUAUUAGCUAGCAAUACCUGUUAAUGUGACAGUGUAUGAAGAUCUUUAGACAAAUGUCUGAACGCUUAGCUAAUGGAAAUUUGGAUCCAGAGAAACUACGGUCCUUAGAUUAUUAUUUACCGUCAGUUCGGUCAGAUUUUCCGGUAAACUUUCCUGCGCUAUCGAUAUACGCAGCGGUACACUGUAGACAGAUAAUGAGUGAGGAUGAAAGCUGAUCAGUUGGCCUAUCAUAAUUAAUUCAUCAGGAAUUAACUACGAUAAUUACUAAGUGUGAUUGUGCAGAGGUCGAUCUGCAGGGUAUUUGCUUGGGAAGUUUCUUGUCCCCAUUACUAACAAUUCUUUCUUCCUACCCAACGGUUAUACUAUGUUCGGCAUUACGCCUCAAUUAUUAUAUUAUCAAUUAAAUUAUAAUUUAAAAAAAUAUUAUUAUUAUUAUUUAUUUUUAAUUUUAAUUUAAAUUAUAAUAAUAUUAAUUAUAAUAGAUGUCUUAAAGUUGAGUAUAAGCUAUAAACGAAAAGUGAUUUUAUGAUAUUGUAUCAUGAUUUCAUUAACAAUAUCUGAAUUCAUAAAUUAAAGUUGUUAUGACCCUAUAUUAGACUUGAUAGUAAUACAUAUAUUUCAAACAUAAUACUUUCCUCUUUAUAAGUCAGGCAAGCCGAAAUAGACUAAAUAAACUGUAAAGUAGAAAAAAUAUUAUUCAUGAAAUAAAAAAAUAUAGAUAUAAUAAAAAAAAAAAUACGUGACUUCUGUGUAUACGUAAAAUUUAAUUUUCAAUGUAUCGCGCGGUGAUUUCAAUUAUUAAAUUAAAAAAUAAAAAACAUGAUUAUAUUAAGAUCUACCUGUCUGUGAAUUUGUGGUGCUUUUUAUACUUAAAUUGCUUGUAAAGCGGAUAUUGUCUACGUGCACUAAAGUUAGAGAACUACUUUACAGAAUUGUGUUAUAUGUAUUUAUAGUUGUAUCGUCAUAAGAAUAAAUAAGGUGUCGUUCUGA